AUGCAGCUUCGAUUUCCUUUGCCCGCAAGCUACUUUCCCAAAUUUGAGAUAGUGCCAAGUGAAGUCCAGAGCUAUCAAUCGCUAGCCAGUGAUAUUGUUCGAGAAACAAAGCGAGAUUUUGAACAUUAUGUCAAGGAUGGUCGUAACUCCAUUGAUGUACACACGUGGAAGUUAGUGAAGUCUAAAGAGCGACUUCACUGCUACCGAAAGCAAGGUAAAGGUUCUACAAGGUCGAAUAUAAGCUCUGUGAGUAGCGACAACGUUCAGUCGCGACCAUCACUGAGUAUUUCGAGUUCGCAGGAUCGAUCAGGGCUCGACGAUAUGAACAAUGUGUCAGUUUCUGUUCGUUCAUCAGAUGAUGGCGAACCGAGUCGAAAGAGUAUAGCGCCGACAGUGAUCGGCUACGGUAUUUUGGAUGGCACAGUAGACGAUAUAGUUUACGGACUGUAUCAGACUUCAUCUAGCGAGAUGAAGACGUUAUCAAAGUUCCUUGGCGAUGACUCGCUCAUUGAUUGCGCCGUUCUUCAAACGAUUCGUCAGACACGCUCUUCGUACCUCGGGCUAAAGUGGAAACUAUCUCGCACGGUCGGUGGCAACCGAGACUGCUGCUACAUGGAAUAUACUGGAAUUUCCGAAGACCUAAAUGGUCAGCGUUUUGGAUAUCACGUACUGGAGUCAGUAAAAGUUCGGAGCUGUCCACAUUUCAACGACAAUUCCAUCGUACGCACUAAUAUGUCUUUUUGCUUUCUUUUUCGCCCCGGAAAGUUAGUAGAUCAAGUCGAAGUGUUUAUGGAGGGCGCAUACGAUUCUUCGGCUGACUUGCUCUCGGCUGGUGGCGUUGGUGACUAUCGCAACUCAAUGGAAAUAUUUUUUAACCUUUCAAAAGCCAUGAUAGGAGCCGAAGCAAAAAAAAUUAGUGCACUGGUCGUCAAGCAGUCCGACGCUUUAAAGGCUGGAAGUAGCAGAAAUCAAAGUGGCAAUAAUUGCUUUAUCUGUCGCUCAAAGAUGGGCUUACUCUCUUCGCGCACAAAUUGCCAGAUUUGUGGCGCAAUUAUUUGCAGCAAAUGUCGUAUCCAGAAGAUAACACUCUCUCAUCAAGCGAAAGCAAAAGUCUCGUGCUGUAAAAUGUGUAUGGUCAAAGUCAAGGAUCAUUCCCCUUUUGCCGGCGACCUUAUCGGUGAGCAGCUUGUGAAGCCAACAAAAAAGAGCUUGCUAGAAGACCGCUAUAGUUAUGACAAAACCAAGGUUAGAAUGGACAUGAUUAACGCGUCAGUCUCGACAUUGUCUCUUACUGACUCGGAUGUCUCCUCGUCAUACCAGUCGUCGUGGCAAUCCGGUUCUAUUUCUUUGACGCAGUCGGAUCUUGACGAUAGCUCGUAUAGCUCAAACAUUAAUAAUGCUAUGAUGUCACUCGAUCGCAAAAUGCCGGCGCUUAUGGAGAGCGAGCAAUCACUGGUGACUUAUCAUGGCAAGCAACAGCCUUUACCCGAGCAGCAACAAUUUCAACAACAAGUUUUGAUGCGACAGCAAAUGAAGCAAAACCCUGUCUCAAACACGUCGAGACAGCAUCAGUUCGAUACGCGCCAAGGAUUGUACAAUCAAAUGCUUGAGCUACAGGUGCAGGCUGAGCGGACAUACAAUUUGACAAACCAAAAUGCCAGCAUGAUGCAUUCGAGGCGAUAG